AUGUCCGUCGACAACGAGAUCAAAGGCCGACUAGCCCUAAUCACGGGGGCAUCAGGAGGAAUUGGUGCUGGCUGCGCACGAGAUCUGUACAAGAACGGCUGCCACCUCGCCCUGACAUACUCGAAGAACAAGGCCAAUGUCGACUCUCUCAUCUCCGAGCUGCAAUCGUCCUCCUCACCGUCGGAUCUCAAGAUCUCGUCGCAUCAAGUCGACAUGGCCUCGACGGAAGACAUGGAAAGAUUAUACAAAGAGAUUGAAUCACAACACGGCCACGGACCGGACAUUCUCAUAGCCAACGCAGGCUAUGGCAAGCGAGUCCCGCAGAUAGUAGACAUCACGUACGACGAGUUCGACUAUACCAUCCUGAUCAACCUCCGCGCACCCUUCAUCCUCGCCAAGCUCGCGGUCCCGCACAUGGCACAGCAGAAAUGGGGCCGCAUAAUCAUGAUGUCCAGCAUUGCCGGCUACGGCGGCGGGAUCAACGGAUGCCACUACGCGGCCUCCAAGGCCGGCCUGACGGGCAUGAUGCGCAACCUCGCCAACAAGCUGGCCAAGGAUGGCAUCACGGUCAACGACGUGGCCCCCGCCAUGAUCGGCGAGACGGGCAUGAUUCCCGAUGCCAAGUUCCUCGAGGGCACGCCCGGCGAUGUUAGGAACAUCCCCGUGGGCAGGCUGGGGACACCGCAGGAGUGCGCCAAUGUGGUGACCAUGAUUUGUCGGACCGGCUACCUGACCGGGCAGAGCAUUCUGCUGACCGGCGGGUUGAAGUAG